UCUAAAAUCAAAGAUGGCGGGCAUUCAUCAUGUUUUUGUAGUUCGUUGAGGGGCUUUGUCGGAUUUGAAGGUUUUAUUGUGUUUGUUUUGUCCAGGUUGGGGCUCUAACUUGGCGUCUGGGACGCUAAUCACCUAACAAGAACCUGUAGAGAUCCAUGAGAGAUCAUGGCGAACUGUUUGUACGAGUGUCUCCGUGAGGCCAGACUGGAGAGGUACUACCCAAACUUCGAGUCUCAGGGCCUGACCAUGUCAGAGGGGCUCAGUGAGCUCACCAUGCAGGACUACUCAAAGUUUGGUGUGGAGGACAUGCACGACAGGAAGCGACUGUUCCAGCUCAUCCAGGUCAUCAAGAUGGUUCAGGACGAGGGAAAACGUUGCAACAUGUCCUGCAGCAAACCCACUCCCCCCAGCAGCCCCGAGAAACCAACAACAGCCUCCGCAACAAUAACAAGUACCCCCGGCCGCGCUGACAACGUGACGUCCUCCAGCAGCGCCUACUUUGGCGACGCGUCGGAAAACCUGAACAACUCCACCGUGCUGGCGUGGCAGAACUACCACUCCGCCCUGCAGAGCAGGACUUCUGCCGCGAACCAGAGCAGGUUCUUCACGGAACAGAACGAGGCUCUCGGUCUCAACGACAGCAGGAACUUUGUCGUCAACAGGAGCAACAACGACAACGUUUCUCCGUCCGAGAACAAGGAAAACGUUGACGGCAACGAGAGGGACGCCACGCCUGCCGCAGAGUCCAUGCCCACGUUCACCCCUCCCCGCCCCAGACAGCCGUACCUGGAGAAGGUGCAGCACGACUCGGGUUACGACUACGGCGUCCCGGCGCAGGCCCAGGUCAGGAGCCCAAAGCGGAGCCUCUCGUACGGCAGCGAGGACGGGGGCGAGAGGAUCAGGGUGUGCGUGAGGAAGAGGCCGAUGAACAAGCGGGAGAAGAAGGCGGGACAGGCGGACAUCGUGCAGGUGCAGGGGAAGAAGACGGUGCUGGUGAACGAGGCAAAGGUCGCUGUGGAUCUAACCAAGUACACACAACAGCAUGAGUUUAUUUUUGACGAGGCUUUUGGUGAGGAAUGCAGCAAUGAAGAAGUGCACCAAAGGACUGCCAAGCCCUUGGUGUCCUGGGCUCUCAGAGGGAACAAGUCGACCUGUUUUGCGUAUGGGCAGACAGGAGCGGGUAAGACGCACACCAUGAUGGGGAAGCGGGGAGUGAAGGGGCUGUACCUGCUGGCCGCUCAGGACCUGUUUGAACAGCUGAAGUCUGGGGAGCACGGGAUAGCAGGACAGCAGGUCUACAUCAGCUUCUAUGAGAUCUACUGUGGACAGCUGUUUGAUCUGCUACAUGGGAGGAAAAGACUGUAUGCCCGUGAGAAUGCCAGCCAUCGUGUGUGUAUCUCAGGUCUGCUGGAGAUCCCCAUCACUAAUGUGUCUGAGCUCAUGGAGAUCAUUGCGUACGGGAACACCGUCCGGAGAAGCGGGAGCACUAAGGUGAACCUGGACUCCUCCCGAUCACACGCCGUGCUGCAGAUCCAGCUGAAGGACAGCAGAGAGAGGGACAGGGGCAGGAUCUCCUUUAUCGAUCUGGCUGGAAGUGAGCGUCUUUGCGAAGCCAACUUCCUGGCCAGUAAACAGAACCGACACGAGGGGGCUGAAAUCAACCAGAGCCUGCUCGCUUUGAAAGAGUGCAUCCGAGCUCUGGACCAGGAACAGCAGCACACACCCUUCAGACAGAGCAAGCUUACUCAGGUGUUGAAGGACUCCUUCAUAGGAAACUCUCGGACCUGUAUGAUUGCCAACAUCUCACCUGGUAACGUUGCAGCAGACAACACUCUCAACACACUCAGAUAUGCAGACAGGGUGAAAGAAUUGAGGAAGGACAGUCCCUCCCACCCGAGGCAGACGGCAGGAGGGAGCCCCAUGAGGACCAGGACUCCGGGGUCGCCACGGUUACCUGGUUCCCCCGGCAACAGGGGAACAUCGUCCGCUAAACAGCCGAGAAGGUUGACGGGGUCGGGGUCCCAGGACAGGAGGGCCACCCCGUGUGUGUUCCACCCGUCCAACGUUCCCCUGUCCUCCACCCCGAAGGGCAAGGACAGCCCGAGGCAUGCUGGGACGGGGUCAAGGGUCAACAGCGUGAUGCGGGCGGAGUACGGGCUGUACAGCACGACGCCCGUGAAGGGGUUCGUCAAGCCGGACAGCGGGAAGAGGAAGAGGGGAGCUCGAAGGAUCCUGGCUGGCGCCAGGUCCGAGUCGGAAGCGUCUCCAGCUAACCAGUCGCAGAGCUCGCCGCUAGACAGACAGGGAGGCUCGGAGGGGAGGGCAAACAAACAGGCCGCUGCGCACUUCUCCCCUUUGAAGCCAGGAGUCCACCUGGUGAGAGAUGCGUGGGUGGGGAGCGGCGGGGCUUGGGAGGCGGUGAGAGAGCCAGCGGUCGCAGCACAGGUGGCGGAACAGCCUGCCGUGUGGGAGGAGGUGGGGGAGGCUGGGUCUGACACGGACGGGCCGGGGGAGGGGACAGAUGCAGACAGGGAGUACCCGGAGGGAUGCAGCGACAGCAGCCGCGACACCCUGCCCAACUCCACGCAGACGUCUGACCUGGACAGCGGACAGGAGAUGGUGUCGCACCUGGACUCCGUCCUGGGCCUGAACCACACCGCGUCCAGGUCCGCGACCAGCCCCGCAGCGAUCGGACCGCCAGCCUUCAAGAAGACGAAGGUGAUACAGACGGAGAAAAGGCCCAGCAAGCGCUCCUCUUACUUCCCACCUCUGAGGGACGAGGACGAGGAAGAGGACUCCACAACAAACAGUGACAACAGCGAGCAUGUACAUGAUGUACAGGCAGCUAACAAAGGACCACCAAGUAACAAACAAGCAGCUGAAGACGGCGUCCGUCCCCAAGAUAUAGCAAACUCACAUGUAGAAACAGGCGACCAAAAUGGUGCUAGUUCAAGUGCCUCGCAAAGAACCCCAUCAGCAAAUACAAAGGGACCAAGUGCUCUAGCUACAAACAUGACCACAGCAAAUGCGUCAAAGGCUACACCAUCAGGUAUGAUGAACACUCCCGUGUCAGCAGCAAAGAUGACCGGCAGCAAAUCUCCCACCAAGACUCCCGCCAGCGCUGUUGUGAAGGAGAUCAUGAGCCUUCCGUCUCCCCGGGACUUCCUGGGCUCCUCGAGGGAACCCAAGAACUGGACCAUCUUCAGCGACGAGGAGGCCACACCUGCUAGGGGGAAACAAGAAGACGCUGGGGAAAGUCUCCGGCGAUCGCUAAGUGCCCCGGAGCUUAACGAGUGCAUACAAAAUGAGGAUAAAACAAACCAGGACGCCGCCGACUCUCCCAUGCAGGCAGGAUCUGAUGCUGAUGUAACGGAAGGAAACAUUGAAGAUACUCGAGGGAAAAACGAACUAGAGACAAGCAAACCUGUGUCUACAGCAAAGCUCCCGGCAACAGGCAGCACAUCAACUGUGGCUACUUCAGAUCCUACCACAGACCACCAACUGACAAACGCUGGUGUUCCUACCCUUGCUGCUGACACCAGAGGUACACCUGACAGGAAUGGUGUCACAGUGUCCACAUCAGCAUCUUCUGUCCGUUUGGCUGCUGUUUUCAGCUCACCGGCUACAGAGGACACGUUGCCAGCUCAAGGAGAGGGCACUCCACCGGUCCCAACCAGCGGAGGUGAGCAAAGCCCUGCCAGGAGAAGAGAGGAUCACCUACAGAAGGCAAGGUCCCUGUUCCUGGAGGCCCACCGAGACCAGCUGAAGGACAUGAGGAAGUGGUGUGAGGAGGAAGAGGCUCUGUCUUCUGUGGCACAACAGGACUUUGACAGUUAUGUGUGCAGACUGGACUCCAUCCUGUCCAGGAAGUUGGAGGACAUAGUUUCACUCAGGGCUCGACUACAGAACUACAAACAAGACCGGCCACUAGUGUAACAUAUACACAAGAACUAAGUAUGUAGAGCUAGGUAGCCUUUUUGCAGCAAAUAUCUUAAUACUGUGUUUGAAAAAUGAUGUUGAAGCUCUUGCACUUUGGCAUUUAUUUUGUCACAAACUUCACCAGAAGUUACAGAAUCCAAGACACUAGUGGCAUGCAGAGGUGAUGUGUAUGUGUUUUUCUUGUAUGUGGACAUUGAGAAAUGAGAGAGGGGUGCACAAAUGUGUUGGUCUAAAGACCUGAGACUUGGCAUUGCAGGUAAUACAUAAUUAUGUAGGAAUGAGCUGCAUUGACAAUAACUGCAAUAUGCAUUUACAUGUAGAUAAUGAUAGCAGUUUGUACUUUUCUGUUGUGUCUGUGUAAA